ACCAAUCAUCUUUCUUGUAUAUAUUUACGUUACGAUUCUGGAAUGCUGCGCAAGUAAAGCUAAAUAUUGCAAGUUUUACAGAUUUAGAGUGAUUUUAAGGUAGAAGGUUAAGUGAUUUUAAAUUAUAUCUGUUAAGAAUGCACAGGAAAAACAAAGUUAUUUCACGACAGAACUCGCUAAUUCACCCUAUUGUAAAAAACCCAUUCUUGCAUAGACUCGAAUUGAAAUGGUACGACAAAUUAAAGAUUGCCGUCAUGGCGGUAACCGUGUUCCCGAUUCGCGUGCUACUGGUCGCCAUAUUGUUGCUGCUUUGUUGGCCCUGCGCUUUCAUUGCCGUUUGGGGUCGACGGGAUGAGGACAAGUUAGAACCGUUAACUGGAUGGAGAAGGAGUAUGCGUCACCCGCUUAUAUUCCUUGGGCGUGCCUGUUUCUUUGUCAUGGGUUUUCAUUGGGUGUGCGUCCGCGGCAGUCGGUCGUCCUGCGAGGAAGCACCCUUGCUGGUUAUAGGACCUCACAGCACAUGCUUAGACGCUAUAAUCUGUUUUGUCUGCGGACUACCAUCUAACGUGGCACGAGCCGAGGGUAAUGCGACCCCGUUGUUCAGAACGUUGAUCGAGGUCACGCAGCCGGUGUUCGUGUCGCGCGACGAUUCGAAUUCGCGCGUCAGCACGAUCAAGGAGAUCCGCAGGCGGGCCACGUCCGACGGGAAGUGGCCACAGAUUGCCAUCUUCCCGGAAGGAACGUGCACGAACAGGAGCUGCCUCAUAUCAUUCAAACCAGGUGCGUUCUACCCGGGAGUUCCAGUGCAGCCAGUGCUGAUCCGAUAUCAAAACCGUCUGGACACGGUAACUUGGACAUGGGAUGGUUUGGAUGUGUGAG